AUGGCUGAUAUAAUUAUGCGCCACACAAAUAAGUUAGCUAAAGAAACUUAUAAUGCUUACAACAAUGCGCAUCCAAACGCAACUCCUAAGUCAUGGACGCCUGUGUCAAUAACAGAGCUGUAUGCAUCUUUUGGCAUACUUAUUAUGACUGGUGCGAACCAUAGCAAUGGAGAACUUGUUCGAGAUUUAUGGAGCGUCAAAAACUAUCCUUUAUGUCGCGCCACAAUGGCAGUCAACCGUUUCUGUUCGAUAUUGCGGUUCAUAAGAUUUGACGAUAAAAACACUCGUGCAACACGCUUACUAACUGAUAAAGCAGCACCGAUCAGUGAGUUAUGGACGAUGAUGAACAAUAAUCUUACUGCACAUUACAAGCCCAGCUCAUGCUUGACGAUUGAUGAACAAUUAUUUCCUUACAGUGGACGCACACGGAUUACGCAGUGCAUACCGUCAAAACCUGCUAAAUAUGGUGUCAAGGUUUGGUGGAUUUGCGAUGCCACAAAUGUAUAUCCACUGCAUGGACAAAUAUUUACUGGCCAAGCAGAAACUGGUAGGGAAACAAACCAAGGCGAACGAGUGGUGAAGUAUUUGUCUGCCAAAUACCAAGGAAGUGGCCGAAACAUUACAAUGGACAAUUUGUUUACGACCUUGCCAGUUGCGGAACUGCUUCUCACCUGGAAAUUCAUGAUCGUUGGAGCUUUGCGCAAAAACAAAUGA